AUGGGAAUUCUCUUUAACCUAUUGCAUGAAAGGGCGGAAGUAUCCAUACGCAGACUGAAAGUUAAUCCAGGCUCAUGUGGAUGGGGUGGGUGUGGGGUGGUUGCGGAGGCGUGGUGGGUAAGUGGCCACCGCCUGCGAGUCCUGUGUUCCAAGCCAUUUCCUUCUCCACCCGCUAAAGCAGCCUUAGCCAUCGCCACGCUCGUCUUCCAUUGUCUUCGAGGCCUCGACGUUUCUCGUGCGGUGCAUUUGGCCGUCGAAGACUUUGUUAUCCCGAACUCAUCGUUAUCCCAUCGUCGUUGGCCCCCGUUCCUGCGACCACCUGGGACAGAAAGCGGCUCCUCGUACUAUGACUCCAAUAGUCGAAUUGUCCUUGGCCAAUGUCGGUGGCAUACUGAUGGUGGUGGAAGCAGUGCAGAUGGGGAGCCAGGUAGUGGCGAAAUGAGGCCACUGUAUGUUGCCUGCGCCGCCCCGCCGGGCUCAUCAGUGAGCUGA